UGUCCAGAGUGGUACAGACAUCACCAAUAGAGACUGCAAUUAUGCCUCUCAAUGAAGUCUCAUGACUUAGAUUUAAACAACGACAUAUCACUGUGCUUGACCGAAGGAGAUAGAGGGACGCAGGAGACACAUCCAAUUGUCAUAUCGGACAAAUAGAAACUGUUAGAUCAGCUGCCCACACAUUCUCCAUGCCUUCUGUAUGUUUAAUCCUGGUUCUUGUGGGUUCUUGCUGGCUCAGCAAAGGAUGCUGCCAAACCUAUGAUAAACUAAGGGAACUGAACACAGAGUUUGCCGUCAGAUUGUACCAAAAACUGGUGGAGAUUGAAAACAGGACCAAUAUAGUUGUCUCACCAAGUAGUGUGGGCAGUUCUCUUGGGCUACUGCAGUUUGGGGCCAGAGGAAACACUUUCACCCAGAUGGAAAACACCCUCGGAUACAGCAUUCACGAUAAAACCGUUCAGGAUUUCAUGCAAAACAUCCACACAGAAUUGGCGAAUUCAAGCCAAGGCACAAUGAUCCAUUUGGCCUGCGCCUUGUUUGUACAGACAGGAAUCCCGCUAACACCCUCUUUUACGGAGCAUGCAGCUCUAUGGGCAAACAGUGGCCUGCAGCGAACAAACUUCAGUGAACAUAACAGGACAGCAAUGCAGAUAAAUGAGUGGGUGACGAGUAACACCGGUGGUGGAACACAAACAUUGGAGCCAUCUGAAACCUUUGAUCCUGGAUUUACGCAAAUAGCCAUUGUGAGCACAAUGUACUUCAAAAGCACUUGGAAAACAAAAUUUUCAUUCACGGACACGCAAACCCUGCCCUUCAUAAGUUCAGAUGGUUCAGUAGUAAAGGUUCCCAUGAUGCACCAGACGGCGGAUGUGAAUUAUGGUCAAUUUGAAACCAAAUCUACAGAAAGGUUUACAGUGGUUGAACUGCCUUACCUUGGGAAUACUGUCAGCAUGUUUGUGGUGCGGCCCACCAACAGAAACACACCGCUAUCCUGCAUUGAGUCAAACCUGACUUCAAAGAGCAUUGCAUUAUGGACCAGCAGUAUGAAGAGGAUCAAAAUGGAUGUUUUCCUGCCCAGAUUCAAGCUACAAAGCUACAGUGAUUUAAAGAUGGUUUUGCCAGCUCUGGGUGUGUCUGAUCUGUUUGACCCAAGAAAGGCAGAUUUUAAGGGAAUAUCAGAGCAAGACCACCUGUACAUUUCUCACGCGACCCAUAAAGCAGAAAUUGAAGUGUCAGAAGGAGGUACUAGAGCAUCAGGUGUUACAGCUAUGGUGUUACUGAAAAGGUCCAGAAUGCCUGUGUUUAAAGCAGAUAGACCAUUUUUAUUUUUCUUAAGACAAUCCAGUUCAGGAGCAAUACUUUUCAUUGGAAGAGUAACUAAUCCGUUACAUUAAAUAGCCUUCACAAGCGAUUCUUCUGAUGUGGAUAGAUUUGGAAAUGCAAUCUGUGCAUCUGCAUAUUUAUUAUUACAUUUGUGUAUCAUAAGAAGGAAGGCAAACAGGUCUUCCUAAUCACC